AUGCAUCGGCAAGUAGGCUAUUUCGGAAAUGUAUAUCGUGGCCUACUACGAGACGCCUCUGGACGAGCCCAGCCGGUGGCAGUGAAAACACUGAAAGGGGAACGAUCACGUGACAUCGCCCAUAUCGAGAAAUUUCUUCGAGAAGGCAUUAUCAUGAAGCAUUUCGAUCACCAACAUGUGUUGUCUCUGAAGGGUAUCGCUAUCUCACCCUCCGGUACUCCCUGGGUGGUCUUACCCUAUAUGGAAGGCGGAGAUCUAAAGACCUACAUCGGAGAUCCGAACAGGGCUCUAUGCGUACUGGAGCUGUUAGAUUUCUCCUACCAAGUCGCUCAAGGAAUGGCCUAUUUGGCUGCCCAGCACUUCGUUCAUCGAGAUCUUGCCGCCAGAAACUGCAUGAUAUCGGCCAAUCGAGUGGUCAAAGUUGCCGAUUUUGGUCUGGCUGUUGAUUUACUCGACAAAGAAUCGUAUAUCGAUGAAUCGGAAACCGGACCUGCUCGUCUACCGCUAAAGUGGCUAGCACCGGAAAGUCUACGGGAUCGGCGGGUAUUCAAUGUGGCAACCGAUGUGGAACUGCAGCAAUCCAUUUGUUUUCAGUGGUCGUUCGGUGUGCUAAUGUGGGAAUUGAUGACCCGAGCUGCUUCUCCUUACGGUGAUGUAUCGAACGCGAAGGUUCGCCAAUACCUGGAGAGCGGUCUACGACUACCACAACCAACACAUUGCCCUGAUAUUGUAUACGACUUGAUGCAGUGCUGUUGGCGGUCGUUGCCCGAUGAUCGACCCGAUUUCGCAUUUCUUGUGCAUCGAAUUAGAGCUUUAUUACAGGAAAAUACACCAGACCCUUAUACUCGUCGGUUGCGGGUUGGAGCCGAGUCGUUCCUCCUUCCAGUGCUUCCCGGCCGACAUUUCACGAACUACUUUGCCAGUCAACUUCAUCGAUGA